UGGGUUUCUCCGAGUUCUCACACCUCCUGCGAUCAGAUCGGUUUGGAGAAGCCGAACCGGUCCUGCGGUAGCUACGCUGCCAGUGCUUCACAAACACUGCAGUUAAAUUUGUUAGAUUACAGCAUUAUCCUACGUGUUUAGUUUGUCUGCAGUAACGUUAAACGACAAAACGUAUUCUUAAAUUUGAAUCGCUGCUUAGUGAGCCAGUGAUCAUUGCCUUUAAGAGCAUAGCUAGUAUAGCUAAUAUUUAGAGUGUAGCCCGAUAUGUGGCCGAUAAUUGGACACACUACCUCUCCAAUAAAACCGAGUAGCUCCCACUGGAUUACCGACCUGGGACUGAGUAAUUUCAACACCAUUAUCACCGGAAAAUAGUGCUGUAUCCAAACACUUGAUAAUUUGACAACUGGAAAGUUAAUAAUUAUAUGCGAAAUGGAUUAUAGACGAAAAAGGAAAUCGACAUUUUUCACGAUCGGAUUAAUCUUCCUUUUAAGUGGCAUCGAGUAUGCGGUGAUCCUGCCCACCAUAUGGAUGUACCUGCAGACGCUGGGCGCGGCUCCGUACUUCCUGGGUCUGGGGCUGUCGGCCUUCAGCCUGAGCGGCCUGCUCUGCGGGCCUCUCUUUGGGCUCUGGUCCGACCACACCCGCACCACCAAGGGCGUCAUUCUCUUCUCAAACGUCUUCGAGAUCAUCGGUAACUUCAUGUACUUCCUGGGCUAUUCUAAGUGGCUUUUGUUGGGCAGUCGGUUUGUGGCAGGUAUCGGGACAGGCGCUGGCUCUUCUAUUUUCGGGUUCCUGACGCGGAACACCGCCUCAGAGGACCGCGCCACCGUCUUCGCUGUUGUCAUGGCGUGUCGGCAGGUCGGCCUGCUGAUUGGUCCAGCGUUCAACAUCUUCCUCAGACUGUGCGAUUUCCAGCUGGGGCCGUUUGUGGUGAACAAAUACACAGCCCCCGGGCUCUUCAUGUGUGCGCUCUGGCUCCUGAUGCAGCUGGUGGUGCUCUUCCUAUACUGGGACCUGCCUCCACAGGGGCCCGGGGUCAGGGUGGGCCCGGAGGGAGGGGGGGAGGGAGAGAAAGAGGGAGAGACGGAGGGAGAGGCGGAGGGAGGUGAAGACGAAGAGAAACCUCUGAUGAGCCCGAAAGAGACCGGAGGUUCCUAUGGCUCCAUCCGCUCCAGCCAAUCAGAGAGCUCACUCGUCUCCAAUGGCAACCUGCCCUACCUCUCUCCACCCGCCUCGCCCCCUCCACAGCCCACAAACUCGAACCCUUUCAGGAACUUCAGCAGCAGCAGAGAGUACCUGAGGGAGGAGGUGGUUGUGCUUCUUGCUGCUCAGUUCAUCACACUGUUCAACCAGACUGCACUGGAGACGAUGGUGACCCCGCUGACGCAGAGAUUCUUUAAUUUCGGGGAGCUGGAGAACAGCGUGAUGUACUGCCUGUGCGGCGUGGAGGUCAUCGCCGGCUUCUUCUUCGUGCGCUGGCUGAGCCGCAGGGCGAAGGAGCGCCUCCUGCUGGCCGUGGGGCUCCUCAUCUGCAACAUCGCCUGCGUCUGGUGCCUGGUGUUCCUGGCCAGACCGCAAGGUGGGUUUGCCUGGUUGCUGACGGAGUUCAUCAUCGGGGUGUUCCUGCAGGUUCUGGGGCUCCCCUUCGUCGCUGUUGCCCAGGUGUCCCUGUUCUCUAAGGUAACAGCAGAGAAGACUCAAGGGUUCAGUCAGGGCGUGCGGCGGUCGGUGGGGGGGUUGGCCACCAUCCUGGGGCCCCUGUGGGCCGGAGGACUGACAGACAACCUGUACAUCAUGCUGGGAGUGAUGAUGGGCCUGCUGGCUCUGCUCACUGUCAUGAUGUUUGUCUCCUAUGACCGGCUGGUGGAGCCCCGCGUGGUGGAGCAUGCUGACAGUCAUGAGGAAGAGGAGGAGAGCUAGCAGCCUCGCACAGUCAGGUUUGGGGAUGGUGUGUGUCUUCAGACUGCGGGGGUGUGGACAUGUGCGGAUGGAAGAGUUUGGGACCAGCUGCGGAGUGGACAGACUCUACAUGCCCAGCCCAACACUACACUGUGAAUCGUUUAUAUUUCCUGUGGAAAGUCUUUAAAAACCCAAAUAGGAUGUGCGAGGUGUUGUCCUGUUUGCACCAGGAAAUCAGUCUUUAUGUUUCGGCCGCACAGAUGCAAAAAAACUACAGGGUUUACGUCAAAGAUGUGACCACACACCGGCCAAUCCUGCCCCUUCCUACAUUCCAUUUAAAGGGGCGGUACUAGAUUUUGAUUUUUAUUGUGUUUAAGGCAGCAUAACCUAUUUCUUUGCUGUCAAAUUGAGCUGGACCGUAUACCCUUUAUUCAAUAUUACACUUCCUUUCAAAUGAAUGCCUGUUACAGAUAGUUCAUUCAUCAGUGCUUCAUUGUCACUUGAUAAGCUUCAGUCGAUGGUUAUAAGAGCAGGAAGCCAUUUUCCUCAGUUUUAUUCUGCUGGAUCUGCUGCACUUUCUGCUCUGGCCUCUAGAGGUCCCCACACCCUUGAUUUUGAUUUUACUGUGACUGCCAUUAUAAAUCUGACCUCAAAAAAAUAACCAGAUACACAAAACACCAUUUUUUAAAAUGAAUGUUCAGUUAGCUGUUUAGAAAUGGAGAUUCACAUUUUUUUAUUUAUUUUAAAAUUGUAUUAAAUUAUUAUUAUUUUAAUAAGCUCAUGUAUAGAGUACAUAAACCAUACUAUGUGGAAUCUUUUGGCUUUGAGGGAAUAUUUAAACUUCAAAUUGAUCAACAAAAUAAAAAUGCUUCUGUUCUCUGUG